UGUACUUCCGCAUCAACGACACGCCUUUUCCGGGUUCUCGAAAACGUGCCAACUUUCAAGGGGAUAUCUUUAUUUGGACUUCCGUGGAGUUUGGGGCGCUAAGCAUGGUCAAGUGUGUUGUUUCCGGGUGUCCGAACCGCAUGCUCAACGGUAACCGGGGCGCCUUGAGCCGACCGCCGAAGAGGUUCUUCCCGUUCCCCAAAGACCCGGCGCGGGUCAAGGUAUGGCUGGCUGCCCUGCGAGAGACGGACAAGCAGGAAGCGUCGGAGCAGCACUUGAUCUGCGAGGAGCACUUCCUGCCGGAGGACAUCUCCAGGAACGGCGUCAACAGCGACGCCAUCCCCAUCAUGCCGCCCUACCUGGACGGAUCCCUCGGGGGCAUCAUCAGUCCCUGGGGGGCCGAGUCGUCGGAGGAGGACGACCAGUGGGGCGUCGCAGACGCUGGCGAUGAUGAAGAAGAGGAGGAAGAGAUGGAGGAAGAGAUGGAGGAAGAGAUGGAGAAAGAGAUGGAGGAAGAGAUGGAGGAAGAUGGAAGUGGUGCUCCUCCUGAAGCUCCGUCUCCACAACCACCUCAGCAGGUGCCAAGUCCAACCUUGCAUGAUCCUCCAAAAGUGAUCACAACAAGUGUGGACAUUCAAUGCAAAGAGGAUCUUCAGACAAAGAAGCCAUCCAAAAAUGACAUGUCCUUGGUGCUGCUGACCCGGCGCCUCCUGGAGCUCCUGCUAGCGUCUCCAGACAGUUGGCUGGACCUCCACCAGGCGGCCAGCAGGCUGCAGACCCGCAAGUGUGACGUCUACGACAUCAUCGGCGUGCUGGAGAGCAUCAGAGUGGUCCAGAGGAAGUCCCGCAGGGUCAAGUGGAUAGGACAGUGUCCAAUCUCUCACUUCCUUUGGAAAACUGAGGAGAAAUUCAAGAAGGAGCUAGAGAACCUGAAGCUGGAGGAGAGCACACUGGACAGCCUCAUCAAGAACUGCGCACAGCAACUCUUCGACAUGACGGACAAUGAAGAAAACGCAAGGGCGGCCUACGUCACGCACGAGGACGUUAGCCAGCUCGCCGCCUUCCAGGAGCAGACGGUGAUUGUCAUCAAAGCGCCGGAGGAAACCAAGCUGGAAGUCCCGGCGCCCACAGAGGACAACAUCAAGGUGCACCUGAAAGGCGGCAACGGUCCCAUCAUGGUGAUGACUUGCGACCUGGGCACGGGGGGCGUGCCAGUCAAGGAGGAGAUGAGUGGCUGCUUCAUGACGCUGGAGGAAAGUCGCAUACAGACUCAAACAUUGCACACGCACAAGAACGUCCAGUAGGAGAGGAUUUUUUUUUUAUCCCUUGUAUCCGAGGCGAGACGAAUCGGACUUGUUGCUUUUGUAAACAAACAUUCGCCACUGGAGCCUGGAAAAGGGAGAAACACCGGUGGUUUGACAUUCAUCUACUAUGUUCUUGUGACUUUUUUGUCUCAAUAUCCGCUGACAGAACUCAUUCUUGCAAAAUCUCAAUAUUAUUAUUUAUUACACAGAUGGAUUUUAGUACAGAUUUGAGCAAGGAAGUUGAAAUUAUUUUUUUGUCACGGGCCAUAUCUAAUGACACGGUGGGCCAGGUCUGGCUCUUGAGUUUGACCCCUGUGCCUUAGCAGCGACAAAGAGGGCGAAGGUUUUUUGUAAAACGGAAACGUGUCAUGUGGUUCAGGAUGCACAUUUUUCAUAAAGAGCCACCUUCAUCAUCAAACUGACGUGCGCUUCGCGAAGAGCUUUCUUUGUCAUCUACACCACAUGUUCUGCAUUAUAUUUGUUUCAUCUUAUUUUGAUAAGAAUGUAAAUAAAACAUUAAAUUCUAA